AUGCUUUUAAGGGUUGUCGCUGUUGCAUCUAUUCUUCUGGUGGCUAGUGGAGCGAAGUUGCCACGGCUAGUGCUAGAUGAUACGUACGUCAACCGAGUCGUUGGUGGAGAAGUAGCUAAGAAUGGAUCGGCCCCAUACCAGGUGUCGCUGCAGGUACCGGCCUGGGGUCAUAAUUGUGGUGGAUCGUUGUUGAACGAUCGGUGGGUGCUAACGGCAGCUCACUGUCUAGUCGGGAUGAAUCCCAACGACUUGCUGGUACUCGUCGGCACCAACAGCCUGAAGGAAGGAGGCGAGCUAUUGAAGGUGGACAAGCUGCUGUACCACAGCCGCUACAAUCUUCCACUGUUCUACAACGACAUUGGUCUGGUACGUCUUGCACAACCGGUAAAGUUUUCGGAUACUGUGAAAAGCAUCGAAUACUCGGAGAAGGAAGUUCCGGCUAAUGUGACAGUACGACUGACGGGCUGGGGUAAUACUGGCGAUGGGGGAACUCCUACCUUACUGCAGAGUCUUAACGUUGUCACACUGUCGAAUGAGGAUUGUAACGCGCUGGGUGGAAGUCCUGAUUAUGCUGAUGUGGGACACCUUUGUACACUGACCAAAACAGGCGAGGGUGCAUGCAAUGGCGACUCUGGUGGUCCUCUGGUGUACGAGGGAAAGCUGGUAGGAGUUGUAAACUUCGGUGUACCAUGCGCUCUUGGAUAUCCGGAUGGAUUUGCACGGGUUUCAUACUAUCAUGAAUGGGUUCGCACAACUAUGGCUAACAAUUCGUAG